UGGUACACAGCUGAAUCAUUCGUCCAUAACAGUUGGCAUGGCCCAGAUAGCUUUAAGAAUUCUACUUACAUUUUAGCUGAAGAGUCUUUCGUUUUUAAAUUUUAGUUUCACUUUUCAGUGCAAUUGCUGUAAAGCAUCUGCUCGCAUCCUUCGUCCUUCUCUUCAUCUCUAACACAGUCUUACAAUUAUGGAUCAAGGUACAGAUAAUGAUGUCAUGGACACCUCUCCAGAGACACAUGAAGAUUCAGAGGAUGUCAAGGACAUUUCUGCUGUAUCAUACAGAAAUCCAAAUGAUGUCAAUCCUCCAGUGGCACAUCAAUAUACAGAUGAAGUCAUGGACAAUCCUCAUGAAACAGAUCAAGAAGCAGAUGAUGUCUUGGCUGCUCCUCCAGUGGCACAUGAAAACCCAGAUACCAUGAUGGACGGUCCUCCACUGACAAAUUCUGAAAAAUAUACAGAAAACCUAAAUAAAAACAAUUAUGACCCAUUUGUGACAGACUCGACCACUAAAGCAGAAUUUCAGAUGCAAACAACUUCAGUUCCUUUCACAUCACUUGAUCAAGACCUUGCUGUAAAGACACUUGGAACCUCAAAUAAAGCACAUGGAGAAUACGAGGAUCACGUGAAACCAGUAAAAGAAUGGAGUAACCCAAAACCUGAUGGUAAUGCAAACAUUGUAGCAAAUGUGUGCUCAGGCUUUAAUGAUUUAUCUCACAGCAACACAGAUCACGGUGAUCCUGAUUUGACCAUUGCAGUGUUUGGAAGCUCUGAUGCUGUCAAGUUUGGAUGUGACAACAUUCUACUUGGAGAUAAACAAAAUGCAGAACUUCCCAUGAUCAUUCAAGAGAGGAAAAUAUCAGAACAUCGUGUAUCGGUGAUCAACAUGACUGGCUCACAUGAGACUGAUUUCAAACCUCUCAAUCAUGCUAUUGGUCAACUACUGAAAGAAAAUGAAAUCCAUGCCUUUAUCUUUGUUGUGCGACUGAGUCAGUUAACAGAUGCUGAUAAAAUAGGUAUUGAAUGGCUACAGAGAAUAUUUGGUGAUCGAGUUCUUCCAUUUGUGAUUACUGUCUUCACCUAUGAGAGAGAGGAAGAGCGUGAUACUAUAAUAGAUGACCUGAAGAACAACUCAGUUCUGGAACAGCUGCUGAAGAAAUGUGAAAGAUAUCAUACCUGCAGCAAGAUCAUGAACAACCAAUCAGAGAUGAGAGAACUGAUAGACAGAAUCAAGCAUCUGUUCACAGACAAUAAUAAACAGUGCUACACCAGAGAGAUGUACAGCUCUUCAAGAGACCUGCAAAACAGUGAAUAUCAAAGUGGUGCAGAAACAGUAAGCAUUGUUGACACUAAUGCACAGACUUUGGGGAGCCUGGUCCAAACUGAUAAACAAGACAAACAAAAGCUAGGUGCAGAGCAACUCAUUCACAAGCUUCAUCUUGAAAGCAAACUGAGAACUGUAGAUUUCCUUAAGCCAAUUGUACAGUCCCAAGAGUCUUGUACAGAAGAAGAGCUGGCUUCAGUUUUUCUACAGAAAUUGAUGAUGAUGGACUACAGAGCAAGAUAUCUUCAGAUUAUAGAGAAUAAUGAACAUCACUCACAACGAAGUAACAUUGACACAGCUGAAGAUGAUGGCGAUGCCUUUGAUAAUAUUUUUGGAGAAACUUCUAGCCCCUCUGAUGAAACAGAAGCAGUCCACUUAAUGGAUGUUCAGAUGGCUGUGUUUCAUUGUGCGGAUAGUUUCCUAAAGCAGCUUAUGGUGACUAAACUCUCACAGUGUCAGUAUGCUCUGCCUCUGCUUGUACCCAAUCCAUCCACACAACAGAUUGAGUUCCCACUCUGGACGUUUCGACAAAUCAACAAAAGCUGGAAAACAAUUGAUGAAACAGGUCAAAUCUGUAGCAAAUUCCAGCCAGUCUACAAGGCAGAAACCCCAAUGGUGGCUUUCUUCAGAUUUGGUCCUGCAUCUUCAUCCAAGUCUCAACUAAUGAACAGCCUAAUCAAUGAGAAACACAACACAUUCUUCCACAGGAACUGCCCAGGCAGCAGCAGAACCAGAGUGAUGAUGGAUGGAGUGGUGGAGAUCGCCUGGUACUGUCCAUCUGGAGAGAAAACAGACAGAUUUACUCAUUGUCUUGCGUUCUGUAACCUCCAUGGUGAUGCAGGAGAACAUGAAACACAGCUGGAUAUCCUGACUAAAAUGGCGUCUGUAAAUGUUGCUAUUUUACCACAACUUGACAAGAAAGACAAAAGCAUGAGCAAGAUCCAAACCUUCUACAAGGGCUCAAAGCCACUCAUCUGCCUUCUUACAGACAAUGAUUCAGCUCUCACAGAAAUGCGGGAAGGGAAGUACAAAAUUGGUUUGAAAGGCAGAAAUCAGUCAGUCGUAUUUGAAGAAAUCAGAAGAGCUAUUAAUAAUUUGCUUUUAUCUACUGAAUCAUGUUCCUUCUUUAAGCUUGAAGAUGUGUCCAAACACAACGAUAUCAGAGUGGAUGAGGUCGAGGAUGAUGACUGCAGGAAAGGAAAAGAGGCAGCACAGCAGAUGAUACAUUUAUUGGAGGAUAAAGAUCUGACUGAAAUCAAAGAAUCAUUCCUGCAAUGUCAGGGAAAACUGUGGUAUCAGUGGUGCCAGAAGAAUAAGGAACUUUAUCGACCAACAUUAGGAGAACUACAUAAAGGAAGCAACAUUGAAAAGAACAAAAGUUCUAAAAAAUCAGAAAUGCAGAAAAUCCGUGAGCUGCAGCAAACGUCUGACCUAAGUCAGUUUGUCCAAAUCUUCAUACAAAAACUGAAUUCACAAGCAGAAAAAGAGGUGGUAUAUUUUCUAAAAUGGCUGAGCAUCCUGCUAGACAAUUACACUACUGAAAGUCUUUCAGCCCUUCUUCAUAAGUAUGAUGAAAAAUGGUCAACAGUCCUAAAUCUUAAAAAGAAACAUGAUAAGUCACCGCAAAUGACAGCAGCACAAGUCGAACUUGAGAGAGUAUCUGAGAAACUACAAGCUGCAACCUUUGGCUUGGAGCACAUACUGAGAGAGAUCGCUCAGAUAUAUGAAUCAUGUUCAUCUGUAAGGAAAAACAAAAAAGACCUCAAGUUUAACUUCUCCUCUCUUCCAAGUCUUGCAGCAGAGAUGAUGAUCUCUGGACUUCCACUUGAGCUGAUGGAUGGAGAUGCUGCCCAUGUUCCUCUAAUCUGGGUUACUGCUGUUCUUGAUGCACUCAUCCAGAAACUGGGAGAUAAGAGAGUCUAUGUGUUGUCAGUUUUAGGGAUUCAGAGCUCUGGGAAAUCCACUAUGCUGAACGCCAUGUUUGGACUGCAGUUUGCCGUCAGUGCCGGCAGAUGCACCAGAGGAGCUUUCAUGCAGCUGGUCAGAGUGUCGGAGGAAAUGAAAUCACAGCUGAGGUUUGACUACAUUCUGGUUGUUGAUACUGAAGGACUUCGUGCCCUAGAAUUGGCUGGAAGGUCAACAAGAAAUCAUGACAAUGAAAUGGCCACAUUUGUUGUUGGUCUUGGAAAUAUGACAUUGAUCAACAUCUUUGGAGAAAACACAGCUGAGAUGCAGGACAUUCUUCAGAUUGUUGUUCAGGCCUUUAUGAGGAUGAAGAAGGUCAGACUGAAUCCAAGCUGCAUGUUUGUGCAUCAGAACGUUUCAGAUAUUACUGCCGGAGAGAAAAACAUGGAGGGAAGGAGACGACUGCAGGAGAAACUGGAUGAGAUGACAAAACUCGCUGCUAAAGAGGAAGACUGUGAUACAGAGUUUUUCAGUGACAUCAUUGCAUUUGAUGUGCAGAAUGAUGUAAAGUAUUUUUCACAGCUGUGGGAAGGCAGCCCACCAAUGGCACCACCAAACCCAGACUACAGCAGAAAUAUUCAGGAGCUGAAGGAAACCAUUCUCAAAAAAGCUUCUAACUCCAACGGCAUUACAUUGUCUCAGUUCAGAAUGCGUAUUAAUGAUCUGUGGAAUGCAUUGCUGAAUGAAAACUUUGUGUUCAGCUUCAAAAACACACUUGAGAUUGCAGUGUACCGAAAACUGGAAACUAUGUACAGUGACUGGACGUGGAGCCUCAGAAGCGCCAUGUUGAGCGUUGAAGACAAAUUCUACAACAGAGUUACUAAUGGAAACAUUACGGUUCAUGAAAGUGACUUGUUGGCUGACAUGAAGAUGGCAAAAGAGCAGGUAGAAAAAUCAAUGAUGUCUUACUUUGAGGGGGACAAAGACAAAGACAUUCUGUGUCAGUGGAGAGGAAGAUUUGAAACCAGAAUCAAAGAUCUUCAUGAUGACCUUGUGAAGGGAACAAAAAGAAAGUUAGAUGAAGCAAUUGAACAGAAAAAAGCCAGGGAGCAGCUGGAUAAAAGAAGGACAGAGUAUGAAAACAAGCUUUUCAGUCGAAGCAAGGAACUAGCUUUGAGCCUGAGAAAUACAGGAACAGAUGAAAAUAUGCUGAACAAGGAAUUUGACACAAUGUGGAGUAAAUGGGUCACUGAAAUGACGAAAGACACACCUCAACUGAAAGACUUUAACUUUUGGGAGGAUGUGACACGGAUAUUAUCUGAAAAUCAUGAAUUGACUCUUGUAAAUGAGCGGUUAAAUCAGAAAUACUUUAAAGUGAUAGACUGCAGGAAUAAUUAUUGUGACUACAUGAUACUAAAGAAGCCUGUAGAGUGUUCUGAUGACACUGUAUCAGAGGUUGCUGCUGAGAGCUCUAAGAAUAGUAAGAGUGGGAUAUUGAAGCGAUUUGGUCAAACACUUAUGUCAGGCAUAGAAUAUUUUAAAUGGGUUUCAAAGCCACAAGAGAACAUGGACCUAAAUGCUGAAUGUCAUUACUCAAUAAAGGAUCUGACUCACAAAAUUAUUCAGGAAACUAAAAUGAUAAUGAAGAAGUCACCAGUUGGAACACGAGGCUACAAUGACAGUUUUGUUCAGGAAAUAACGGACUGUGUUAAAAAAUCAGUACAGAAUCAUCAAUCCGUGAGACGAAAAUACAAAUUGAAAAAAGAGUUCACCAUAGACCUGAGUCUCUAUGUGUGUGAGAUUGCAAGACCAACAUUUACUGAACUCUACAAAGAAUUCAGAGAAGCAAAUGACCCGAGAUUUUAUCUUGACAAGCAGAAAACUCAAUAUUGGAACAUCUUCAAGAACUACUACAAAGGAGCAACAACAACAACCGUUCUGAGUGAAUUCAUUUGCAGCAAACUUGAACCAUCUAUUCUGCAAGCUGUUUACAAUGAAACUGCUAUUGGUUUUGCAGCACAGAUGAGGUCUGACAUACAAGCAUUACGUGAGAACAGACCAAAUCUGGAGAAACACAUUCUUAGAUCCCUUGCAGAAAAGGAGGAUUUUGAUCAGUACAAGAAAUACAUUAAUAAUCCCAGAGAACACUUCAAACAGUUCAUAAAGAAUGAAGUGGACAGAUACUGCACCAAACAAAACAAACAGAUCCUAAACAUUUUCAAAGGUAAUCUGAAACAAAAAGGGCAGGUUGUAAGUAAUGCAGUGAAAGCGGCUACAGUGGAGGUCAAGAGUCAGAAUGGGGAUGGUAGCAUGUGGUACAGAUGCUUCACCAAAACCCUGAGAGAUGAGCUGCAACUUACAGGAAACUCAUGUGCGGAUCUCAGUGAAAUUAAAGACAUGGAUUUUCUUGAGAAUGUUUUGAGUGACAGUCUAGAAGAGAGGAUGACAAACCUACAGAAUGGUUUUAAAAAUUUUAAUGACAUAAAAAUGGAAAAGUGCAGAAAAAGACCAGAUGAGAUUUUGAUUGAGCACUUCUGUCAGUGCUGCUGGGUUCAGUGUCCUUUCUGUAAAGCCAUCUGCACCAACACAAUGGAAGGCCAUCCUGGAGAUCACAGUGUUCCUUUUCACCGCAAUGUUGGACUGAAUGGUUGGUUUUACAGAGGAACAACAAACCUGUCUAUUGACAUCUGCACAACAGCAGUGGGGAGUGAUAAAUCCUUUUACCCAAAUUCCUCUGAUGAUUCAGUCCCCUGGAAAGAAUACAGAAAAGGAGGUCCUGAAUAUGCUAACUGGAGCAUCACACCUGACAACUCUGAGCUGCCGUACUGGAAGUGGUUUGUGUGCAAAUUCCAAAAAGAUCUAGAAACAUACUACAGAAUGACAUUCCAGGAAGAUGGUGAGAUUCCAGAUGAAUGGAGAAAGUACACAAAACAGGAAGCUCUUGAGAGUUUGGAUAAAUACUUGUAAUGGGAAGGUAAACAAACGGCCCUCUGUCAGAUCCCUGAUUAAGAUGAUAUUUGUGCAUCCUGACAAAAUUUUUAUGAAUGCUGUUAUGUUUUGUUAUAAACACUGCUGAGCAUUUAAUUUAAAUGAGCUGUAGAUGUGUUGAUCAGCACAGACAAAUGUGUAAUAAUUUGUCAAAAUGUAUCCUGGGCUUAUAAAAAAAAUUGAGAACAUAUGUUCUUUUAUUGACUUCUUAGAUUUUUUGUGACUUAUUAGAUCUUCUGAUCCAUGCUAGGAAAUUGGUAGAUGUGUUGAUGCAAUGUAAUGCUUUGCGCUGUGAUGCACAAUCUUUGUACAAUCUUGUAUUUAAGUUGGCUUGAGAAAGCCAACUUACUGAUCUACUAUUUAAGAAUAUUAUUAUUCUUUUUCUUCUGAGCCAAAUUUCGGUAUCUAUCUCCUCCUAGAGCUUUCAAGCUAGAACCACCAAACUCGGCCCAGACCUUCAGGCUGGUCUGACUCGGUGUGCUCUAUCUUUUCUAACCGAUCCGGCUUACGGUUUUCGUAAACCAGACUAUCAAAACCACCAAAAAUCCCAUAGACUUACAUUGAAGGAAUGUUCAAAUGAGCAACACUAUUCAAACUCCAACUGACAAAAUUCAAAUCUAAACUCCCAGAAUCCCUUAAGGCUCAAUCAAGCUUCCCUUCUAUGUACUAUUUCUAAUCCAUUAGACUCAUUUAAGCUUCCACUCUAAUAUUUCUAAUCUAUCUAGCUAUCUAAAUCAAGUUAGCAACAUGCUAGUAACAUGCUAAUCGUGUUAGCAAAAUGCUAGUAACAUGCUAGUCAUCUUAGAAACAUUCUAACAACAUGCUAAUCAUGUUAGCAACAUGCUAGUAACUUGUUAAUCAUGCUAGCAACAUGCUAGUAACAUGCUAGUAACUUGGUAAUAAUGCUAGCAACAUGCUAGUAACUUGCUAAUCAUGCUAGCAAAAUGCUAAUCAUGUUAGAAACAUGCAAACAAAAUGCUAGGAACAUGCUAAUCGUGUUAACAACAUGCUACUAUCAUGCUAAUCAUGUUAGAAACAUGGUAACAACAUGCUAAUCAUGCUACCAACAUGCUAGUACCUUGUUAAUCACGUUACCAACAUGCUAGUAACAUGCUAAUCAUGAUAAAAAAAAUGCUAGCAACGUGCUAGUAACUUGCUAAUCAUGCUAACAACAUGCUAGUAACUUGGUAAUCAUGCUAGCAACGUGCUAGUUACAUGCUAAUCAUACUAGAAACAUGUUAGCAACAUGCUAGUAACUUGCUAGUAACUUGGUAAUAAUGCUAGCAACAUGCUAGUAACUUGCUAAUCAUGCUAGCAAAAUGCUAAUUAUGUUAGAAACAUGCAAACAAAAUGCUAGUAACAUGCUAAUCGUGUUAGAAACAUGGUAACAACAUGCUAAUGAUGCUACCAACAUGCUAGUACCUUGUUAAUCAUGCUAGCAACAUGCUAGUAACAUGUUAAUCAUGAUAAAAAAAUGGUAGCAAUGUGCUAGUAACUUGGUAAUCAUGCUAGCAACGUGCUAGUUACAUGUUAAUCAUACUAGAAAAAUGCUAGCAACAUGCUAGUAACAUGUUAAUCAUGAUAAAAAAAUGGUAGCAACGUGCUAGUAACUUGGUAAUCAUGCUAGCAACGUGCUAGUUACAUGUUAAUCAUACUAGAAAAAUGCUAGCAACAUGCUAGUAACAUGUUAAUCAUGCUAAAAAAAUGGUAGCAACAUGGUAGUAACUUGCUAAUCAUGCUAACAACAUGCUAGUAACUUGGUAAUCAUGCUAGCAACGUGCUAGUUACAUGUUAAUCAUACUAGAAACAUGCUAGAAACAUGCUAGUAACAUGCUAAUCAUGCUAGCAAUAUGCCAAUCAUGUUAACAACAUGCUAGUAAUAUGUUAAUCAUGCUAUCAACAUGCUAAUCAUGCUAACAGCAUUCUAGUAAUUUGCUAAUUAUGCUAACAACAUUGUAAUCAGCCUAUAAAAAUACAAGCAACAAGCUAAUCAUGCUAAAAACAAUAUGUUAAACAUGCUCUCAUACUUUACGACUGCUUCACACUUUCAGGCUAGGCUUUCUCAAGCCAACUUAAAGUUUGUUCUCAAACUUUACUCAUCUAGUUACUGUUGAUGUUGUUAUUUUAUUUCAUAUUGGAGAUAACUUCGCAAGCAGUUAUGUUGUUAGUGUCUUAUAUCUACUCUGGAUAAAAACAAAGUGUCAACAGGUAAAAAAAAAAAGCAAAAGAGAUGAAAAUGCACAAUGAUUUACUUAUUGUUAACCACUUUAAUAUUUACAAAGCUACUAUAGUACCUGCAUAGUAAAAUAUGUACUCAUGGUUAUUAUUAUUACAGACAUAUUGUAGUUCUACAGGUUUUAUUAAACUGUGUGAUGAUUGAAAUUCUGAAUAAAUUUGAGUUGAAUAAACUGGACUUUGAACUCA